AUGCCAACAACAAUCGACGAAGGUUUACCAGCACCACAUAAUUUUGUAUCUUUUACAACUUUAAUAGCAAGAAAAUAUCAAAAUUUAAUUGAAAAAACAAUUUCAUUCAUUCCACAAAGAUGGGCAUUUGUUGGUUUUUUAUCAUUCCUUUAUAUACUUAGAGUAUCAUUAUCAAGUGGUGGUUGGUAUGUUAUUACCUACGCCCUUGGUAUAUUUCUAUUGACACGUUUCAUUGCAUUUUUAUCACCAAAAUGGGAUCCAGAACUUGAAGAAGAUUCAGGUGAUUCAUUACCAACUACACUCAAUAGAAAUGAUGACGAAGCAAAACCAUUCAUUAGAAGAUUACCAGAGUUCCUUUUCUGGCACUCAAUUUUCAAAGCAUUAUUUAUUUCAAUUUUCUGCACCUUUAUUCCAUUUUUAGAUUUACCAGUAUUUUGGCCAAUUCUUUUAUUAUAUUUCAUCAUUAUCUUUUCCGUUACUAUGAAGAAACAAAUUAAACAUAUGAUUAAAUAUAAAUAUAUUCCAUUCACAGUUGGAAAGAAAACUUAUACAAAAAAUAAUAGCUAA